AUGUCAACAACAACGUCUACGCAGGAAUCCUCCUCAACACCAUCAAUGGAUUUACUUACAUCUCAAUCAACCUUGUCACCUUCCUCACUUCCACCCCAGUCACCAUCGCUCACACCAUCAUCGUCAAGACCGAAAUUAUCACAAUACCCAUCACUGCCAACAACGACAUCAACAUUAACUUCAACACCGCUAUCUUAUUCACUUAUACCAACAUCACCACUAAAAACAUCACGAUCAUCGUCAGCUUCAUUGUCAUCUCCAUCACUAUCUUUAUUACCAUCGCCUCUGCCAUCGUCAACAGUAUUGCCACCAGUAUCAUCACCAUCGUUGUUACACUUACCGUUAACAUCAUCAUCACCAUUGUCAUCAUUGUUGGUAGUUUCAUUGUCAAGGAUAUCAUCGCCAGCAGUGUCACCAACAACAUUGCCAUCUAUAUCAUCUCCAUCGUCAUUACACUCACAAUCAGAGCCACAAUCAGCGUCAUCGACAUCACCAUCAUCAUCAUCAUCAAUGUUGAUAUUUUUGUCAUCAUCGCUACCUUCAGAGUCAUCUUUACUGUUAACUUCAUUAUCAUCAUCAUCAUCAUCAUCAUCAGCUCUAACAUCAGCGCCUUCGACUUCAUCAAUGAAAAGAGCAUCGUCACCAUGGCCAUUAUAUUCAGCAUCAAAUCCAUCAUCAUCGCUGACACCAUCUCCAGGGCCUUUAUCAUCACCAAACGUAGCACCGUCAACAUCGCUAGAGUCAUCUUCUUCAUCACUACAACCAUCAUCGCCACUACAAUCACUACCAUCACCAUCAUCAUCACUUUUCUCAUUGCCAGCACCGUCCAUUCCUUUCCUGACUCCAUCAUCCCCUUUGAAAAAGGCGCAACUUUCUUUUCCAUCGGUAUCAUUGCCUGAAACUGCCAUGACGUCCAUAAAUUUGUCACUAACGCAAAUUUCAUCAUCGACGUUUAUUUCGUGGAGCAACUAUUCGCAGCAACAAUCAUCUUUGGUUAAUAAUUCAACAACUUAUAAUGUAACGACCCAGGAGACAAGCAACGUUAUCGCCGCUAUCACUUCUAGCGGAAUCUUUGGAGAAACUCCAACGAGUUUUAUGUCGUCGUCGAUAGCACUUGUCACAUCAACGACAAGUCCACCUGACGAACCGCGGAUACUCAAUCUAACAUUUUCGCUAAUUAGCGAAACCUUUCACGAGGAUUUGAACAAUGCAAGUUCAGCGAAGUUUGUGAACUUGUCCGGAAGAGUGAACUUAACGGUACUAUUUUUAUUGUAGCUGUUUACUUUGCUUUAGCUAGCCUGCGUGACAGGCGUUCAAAGAACAGGGGGAGUGGAAAUUUGGAAGCGCAAAUUCCCCAUUACCCAUCUUCUUUUAACGUCUCCCACGCAGGUUGAACUUUGCUUUAUAUAAGCACUUCCAACGAUUGUCAGGGUCCGGUUCCUCAAAAGAUGGUUAAGUCUAACCGAGCGUCUAGUCAAGAUUUAAGGGACAGAGGUUUUUUUGUCUGAGAACAUGCAACUGGAGUUUAUAUAAAAUAUUAUCGAGCCUUUUCCCCGAGAUCCAGUUAUCAAAACACAAUUGAUAUUGUGCUCUUAAAAAUCUAUACGAAGAAAAAUAAAUUGUCCAUUGAAACUUUGGAUUAGAGUCAUUCGGCCUUUCAGCAAUCGGCCCCAGAUAGUUAACACCUGUACACUGAUGUCCUGCGCUAAACCAAUCGCGGUGGAUAUGGCUACCAUUAUAAAUCCUCUGUAACAUCCCUUUUUCUACUAUUCCCCCCCCCCUCCCAAACCCUUUUUAGCGAAAAAAAUUCCUCUACCUUCUCUGCUUUCUUUAGAUUUGCAGUCAAACUGUGUAAAGACUGAAUUAAAAAAAAACAUUGUUUAUCACAGAUGACUAACCUUUUAUACCAAAGUUCGGUACAGUUUGUAGAAGUACAGCUCACAUCUCCAAAUUACAUAAGAAAAUUUAAAAAAAGCCACGGGAAGAAUAAUAGACGAUUUACGAUAAAUAUUGCGGUUAUUCACUCUUCGUUAAUUAUCUAUUUAUUUCUUAUUUAUUCAUUGAUUUUUGGAGCCUUGAUCUAUUUAUUUGUCUAUAACUGAAUUUUUUUCCCUAUCUCCAUAGCUAUGGGAAUUGUUACGCGCGUUCAAGAAAGGCCUGGUGGAUGUAAGAAUACUUCAGUUUAGGUUUGUAUACAGCUACAAGUUUUGAGAACAAAAAUAUUUUUUCCUCUUAGGGUCAUCAACCAAAAUUCAAGACAGAUACCCAAUUAUAGCGAAAAACUGAAAAAAAAGAAAGGUAACCAUGAAACAACAUUGCCAAGGAGUCUCAUAACAGAACUGUUUUAGAUUUAGAAUUGCUAACUUCGUUUAAUUGUUGAUUAGAAAGAGGAAAUCGAGUGGGAAACUGCCCUACUACUCCUCCCCUAAACCAGCAUUUUGCCCCAAGUGAGAAGUAAGUGUUAAGGUUGGCUUAGGGGAGGAGUAGGUGGGCAGUUUCCCGGAAACGUGUAAUGAUCCGCGAUGUAUAAUGAUCCGUCGAAAUGGCCCCAUGUAGGGUAAUACGAAUUCCAGAAUCUGGGGAUUUUUUAUUUGUGGAACCUAGAAUCCUGGGCUUUGGAAUCCGGAAUUCAGCUCAAGGAAUCCGGAAACCCGCAACCGAUCUGAGUACGGAGUCCAAGUUCCGCUAAAAGGAAAUCCGGAAUCCAAUAUACCUGAAAUCCAGAAUCCACGGCGUGGACUCCAGAAUCCAAGACUGUCUUGGAUUACCUUAAAUGGGAGAAAAAAAAAGUAGCAAGGGCCUUUGUUUUCUUUUUCAAGAAAUGGAAGCGUUAAGGUGGAUUCUGAGUUGGUAAUUAGCAGCGCUUCCAACGUUACUGCGCAAGAUGUCAAUCAAAGUCUGUGGACAGGCAAUGGCUCUAACAGUGAAGGAUUCAUUUUUGGCCACAUAAUAGUCAAGGGUAAGAUGUGUUUAUUGAUUUUAUUGCAAUGUACUGCUGUGAUUAUCACGUUAUUUCGUGUUCCAGCUUCAUCAGUAAUAUAGAAAUUUGGUUCUAGUACUAUCCCUAGCAGUAAUGCCACUUUGUCUGCUAAUGUCAAUGGUUCUUCCUAGCUGGCAUGAAAGAGACCACUUUGUUUCCACCUGGAAAAAUUUCAUUAUCAGAGUCUUUCUACAUAUCGUGUACUCCACUGCUGACAUUGUCCUUACAAAUGAUUCUAUUUGUGAAUCGUUCUAAUGAAGCUAAUCACUCAACAGUUAAACAUAACAGACAGCCCCGUUUGGAUGUUUAGUUUAUUGUUUCUUGCCUAUCUGAGACCGGUGCGCAAUCCCAAAGUUUUGCGUAAGUAGGAAUUGUAGAGGGCACAGGCUUGUCCCCCUGCCUCCAGUCUCCCCAGCCGUACAAACUGGUCUGUAAAAGUUGGCGACUUCUCGGAGCUGCAUCUUUGUCGGUUUUCAACAAAUCAACUCAAACUUGGUAACUUAGCUAAAUUCAAGACGCUCUUUUCAGUGGUGUCGAAGGAUUUUUCCCUACCUGGUCCAUAUCAAAAAUUGACUGAAAAAGAAUACUUUUGCAGUCCGAACUUGUUUUUUGUUCAUGCAAUAUAUACGGCAAUGUUCUUGCAUUUUAGAGACGUGUACUUCCGGAUACUGCAGAAAUUCAGGUAGUUGUCAGGAGGGAGCGUUCGGUGCGAAAUGCAGGUUAGUAACUAAUAUCCACUACCCAUUCUAUUUAGAGUUCGUCUGCGCUACAUGAACGCUGAUCUCAAAGGAGACUGUGCUUGCGAGCGCAACCACGGAUACAGUAUUAGGAAGACGACAGUACACGCUAUUUUCUUCAAAUGUCAGUUUCUAAUUAGAAUAGACUUUGAAACUAUCUCAACUUAUAAUAACCAGUCCCAUCUAAGGCCAUAAGGGUGGUGUCUCUGCGACAAAGACCAGACCAUUGGGUACUGAAGAAAGAGAGCGUGUAGAUGAAUGCGUUUCAUGUAAUAAACAAGCCUCACCUCUAAAAUCUUCUUAAGAAUGCUUUCAUUCCAACUUAUAGUUGUUCUGCUGGAUUUGUCGGAACAAGGUGUACUCAAGUAGCAGGUUAGUGGUUUAUUAAGAAAAGUAGCAAACCGAAUCGUAGCUGAUAAGGUGAAAUCGGAACGUUGAAAAUAGUUUUAGUGUGUUUUCAACUGCACUUAAAAACUCACCUUUAAGAAACUAACAAUUUCAGGUCACCGCGGAAGGGUUCUUCCCUACCAUUCAUAUGCUAUAUAUCUACUGUACUAAGAAUUAAUUGGCUAAGCCAGGUUCUUAAUAGGGUUGUUAUUCUAACUGAAAAAGGUGCAUACCGCAGUGGCUUCGGUCCUUUGCUGAUUAAUAAGAAGUAGUUCCUUCUACACAUCUGUUGCCAUGCAGCCUGGCCUCUUUUCUACCCAAAGUCCCGGUUCCCAAACUUGAACGAGUCGGCCUAGGGCCAAGUGAUUCCAAGAGCAAGACGGACAUUAGCCUUCGAAAAUGUGGAUUUAACUAUUUUCUGUUUCCUCCAAUAUGUUUUUAAGAAGAAUUUUUGGAUAUUUUAUGAUGCUUUGUGUUAUUUUCUGAUUUUAUAAAUAGGAACCUAUUUAAGGCUUGACAGAUUCCUAGGCGUAUAAACGCCAAACGUUAGCCUACGCUUGGUUCUUAUAAGUGUCUUUGAAUAUUUCUGUCUCACAGCAUUUCCUGUGGAUGGGAAAUACUCUGACUGGUCAGAAUUCACUGACUGUACCAAGACAUGCGGUGGGGGUCAAAAAAGUCGCCGGCGCAGCUGUACCAAUCCCCCUCCACAAAACGGCGGAAAGGAUUGCGCUAGCCUGGGAGCGAAUACGGAGUAUGCUGACUGUAAUGUAGAUGUUAGCUGUCCAGGUAAGAAGAGAGCUGAAAUGUCCCAGAUCAGUGCUGUUUAUUAAAAUACUAAGUUUCUGUUCAAACGAUGCCGCCUACAUUUCAGUUUCAAUUUCCUGUUCCCCUUAAUCAGCUCGUUGACCAGUUAAGUUGUUAGAAAUCGUUUGAAACAUUAUUUAAACUUGGGGUGAAAAUUUAUAACUACCAACAGCUGUCUAGAAACUAACACAAUUGUUGAUUAAUUCAUUAAACAAAUGCAAAAUGAAAAAAGGGAGUGAGAGCUAUGUCGUUUAAUUGCCUUGGGCUCCCAUCACUUUUACGUAAGGGCUUUUGCAGGUUAGAAAAUCAUAUGUGUCUUUUUGCAUCUCAGAGAUUUUGUAGUCAGGGGAAUGAAAAUGGGUUUCCCGUGCAAAACCAAACUUCAAGGUAUCACCGGUAGUACAUAAUGGGGCCUGGCUUUUCUUUUCUUAAUUCUUUUCUCUUCUUUUCCACCAACAGCAAAGACCUAACUGCUGUGUAAAAGGGAAGCAAACCAAACUAAACCAAUUAAACAAACAAACAAUUAAUAAAUGCCGCAAUCUUUAGUUUAGGUUCUGAUUAUUUUAUCUUUCUGUCAGUUUCAUCUGAGAUAUGGAUCGCUGUUGGGAUAUCCUGUGGUGCGUUCCUCAUCAUUCUUAUUUUGCUUGUUUUGCUCUGCUUGCGAAGAAGAAGAAAGAAAGCCGAAGAAAACAAAAGGUAAAUUCGAAGAUCGUCCCGUAGACAGAUUAGUGCAAAUGUGGCUGUGGUAAAAUAUGAAUGUAAAUAGCGAUGAGAUGCAUCAGGAAAUCUGUAAGGUUUGUGGUAACAAGGUGUAGUCUGCUGAAGUGUCCGCUCUUUCGAUGUGCGUGUCACAACAGCUAGAACAAUUUUUGGAGGCGAUGUCCUGGGAUGCCUCGGAUAUCUACCGCAGUUUAAAAACCUAACGCUAACAUCAUGCGGCAACAAAGAGAAAAAAAAGAUAGCCCUUGUUUAAAGGAAUGAAACUCUAGUGGCCAGCUGUUAUAAAAUGAUAGCGGAAGAAAGAAAGUCUUUACAUAAGAAAAGGGUUCUACUCUCACAGGAUUGGUUUGGGACACCAACAUGGCCGCCGUUUGAUUAUUUUGGAACACCAAUAUGGCGGACAUGAGGUCAUGUGAAAACGCUCUGUUGUUUGUUUGUUUAUUUGUUUUGUUUUUUGUUUUUACAGCUCCAGUCAGACACGUUUUUUUGAGAUCUUCUAAAAUUUUGUACGAUUUAUCGUAUUUCUGAACUUUAAGGUCUAUGGAUUUAUACAACAGCAAUGGGCACAGAAACACCCCGAUACCGUUGGAAGUAAUAUACGAGGACAAGACAGUACCCAAGCCCUCCAAUAAAGGACAUUUAAACCCAGAAUUUAUUGGUGAAGAUGAUGACGACAACGACAUAUACAAGGCCCAGCUGUUGUUGUUUUUAAAGCAAUCCCAUUUAAUACGGCCCAAUGUAUACCCAGACGAGCAAGACAACAAUUCUGAUACGUCCGAUUAUUCACGGAAGAAUUCUAGAAGAGUUUCUGCUUUAUCUGCUGCCAGCGACAAAAAUCAAGGGGACAACGAUAAACCGGUUGUUGAAAUUGAGACCGCUGUAAGUUAACUUUUUACUUUACGCAAUAUUCAAAUUACCGCAUUUUCCAGCCUCGACCCUAGGCGUUCUCGACUCGGUCAAACCUAGACCCUAUCGUGAACUGUGACGUCAUGGAGCGAGACUCACCUGGCCUUUCCCAGACUUUCGCGGACAAUGGGGCAAGAGGCAACGCCUAGGGACUAGGCUGUGUAGUUUCCAGAACCAAUUUCUGGGGGCUAACUCACCCUUUCACUCCCAAACCAAAACUUUUGCAAAUGGUUUUACAUCUUACCAUGCAAAGUGUCUCCCAGCGGACCAAAAAAAAGACGGGCUGUGGUGACGAAAAUGUUACCACUCAUCCACGAAACCACGCCUUUCCUGAUAAAAUUUUGGCUGUUCCUAUAAAUGGGACUGGGACUGGGACGUGGGGACGAGGACGUUGGGACGCGUACACAGGAACUUGGGAUUCGGGAGCGCGAGACAAGGGAUUCCGGGACGUGAAGUUAUUGGGGUGCGGUGACGCGAAAUACGGGAAAUGGGAAAGUCAUGUGAAGUAUGGGACACGACCUCAAGCGAAAUACAGGACGUGAGGACGCAAUUGUACAAGCCUGCUCUGGCUAGAGCCCGUUUUUAAUGUUCACAGAGUUAACUCCUUUUGCUACAUGAAAACUUUUAUUUCACCACUAUGUAUGGUUUUUACCAAGCCGAUUUCGUCUUUUAAACAUACCUGUCUCAAACCGACUGUCUCUCAAACCAAAUACAGCAGUCUGGCUAGCUGGUCACAUUCAAUCGUAAAUUAGUGCGGACCGAUGAUUGAUUCAAAUGUUCUCUUGCUUAACAGGGCCAAACACAACACGAUAAAAAAGAACUUCCAAGUACAGAGCUAUGGUGA